AAACGGAUUAACGCACAUUAACACAGUUGGCUAGAGAAUUUGGGCUGGAUUUAAAUAAAACACACUUUUGGAUUACUUUGCACAAGCGGUAUUUUUUUGGCAUCAGUAUCCGUUUGAUAAAGCAGGAGAAGUGACAGAAAUAAGGAACAAGAGCCAUGGCUUUUGGCUUUUAAUUAGAACUGUGUCAAGAAGCAGUGGGUCAGACAACACCUGCAUCAGUGUCUUCUGAUUGAGCUGGAUCUUAUUGUACAGCAUGAAGCGAACCUUCCCUUCACUCCCGCUCUGUCUCCUCACAUUUCUGCUCCUGUCUCAGCAGUGCACAGGAAUCAGAUGGCUGGUGCUAUCGCAGACCACACAACACAUCAACAAGACCCAGCACUGCAAGACGUUGCCAGGCCUCGUCUCCUCUCAGGCUCUGCUCUGUAGGAGUAACCUGGAACUCAUGCAAACCAUCAUCCAAGCAGCACGGGAGGUUAAAAAGGUCUGCCAAAAGACCUUCGCAGACAUGCGUUGGAACUGUUCCUCUAUUGAUGCUUCAAAAUUCCUCCCGGACCUGGAACGAGGAACGAGGGAAUCUGCAUUUGUAUAUGCACUCUCCGCAGCCACUAUAAGUCACACUAUAGCACGGGCAUGCACCUCCGGAGACCUGAGGUUGUGCUCGUGUGGUCCGAUUGCAGGUGAAAUACCAGAGCCUGGGUACAGGUGGGGCGGCUGUGCUGAUAACCUGCAUUAUGGUCUCCUCAUGGGCUCCAAGUUUUCUGAUGCCCCAAUGAAGAUGAAGAAGAAGUCUGGCUCGAAUGCCAACAAGCUGAUGCAUCUUCACAAUAGUGAAGUGGGCAGACAGGCCUUGCGAGACGCUCUGGUCAUGAAGUGCAAAUGCCACGGUGUUUCUGGUUCUUGCUCCAUUCGGACUUGCUGGAGAGGCUUACAGGAUCUGAAGGACAUCGCCAUGGACCUAAAGACCAAGUACUUGUCAGCCACUAAGGUGGUUCAUCGGCCUAUGGGUACACGCAAGCAACUCGUCCCCAAAGACAUCGACAUCCGGCCAGUCCGAGAGAAUGAGCUGGUUUAUCUGCAGAGUUCACCGGAUUAUUGCACAAAGAAUGACAAGUUGGGCUCUUUCGGCACUCAGGACAGGCAGUGCAAUAAAACCUCCAGCGGAAGUGACAGCUGUGAUCUGAUGUGCUGUGGCAGGGGACACAACCCGUACUCAGAGAGAGUGGUGGAGCGAUGCCACUGCAAAUACCACUGGUGCUGCUAUGUCACGUGCAAGAAGUGUGAGAGGACUGUGGAGAAAUACGUGUGCAAAUGAGGUGGCUCUCCAUCUCUACAGUCAUCUCCAACAAUUGUCCCGAUCCCCGCCACACGUACCUAUUCUCAGCUAAACUAAUCUAAAGGAGAUCUGGAAUGCGCUCUACUCAUUGUAACAGAACUGGACAGAAUUCUCAUUCGAAUUCCCAGACUUUGUGGUUGAACGAGCUGAAAAAUUCAAGACUUGAUUCUAUUCUAGAUAUAUUCAGCCUGGGUGUGGAGCAUAACCUUUGUCU